GAUGAACAUUCGAGCUUCGAGGCUAGUUCCAUAGACGUAAAUUCAGUGCUUUUAUGGUGAAGUCUCUUUGAGUGAGAAGAGACAGACACAGUUUUAAAACGGAAAUCACGGUUUUUACGAUUUUUCGAAAAUCUUGAUGUCCAUACGAACGGCAAACGUCAAAUCAAAUAAUGUUUUUCAUUAAUUUUUCACGGUGUCGCUCCUUUGAUAGCGCCGACAUAGUGAGAAACACCAACAACAAUCCGGAGACACCCGAUUCAAUCCAUGAACCAAAAUUAAAUUCCGGCGCUUGGGAAGAUCCGUUGCCCAUAUCGAAUGCAACAAAAGGCAAUAACAAUCAUUUGCAUUCGAUCGGAUCGCGUCGUUCGGAACCAUUUUCAGCCUUGCGUUUAAAUAACAAAUUAAAUACGAAUCCAUUAAGUUCGGUAGCAGCCGCUGCUGCUGCAGCGGCCAGUCUACAAAACGGCAACUUCACAUUAAACACAAUACAUCAGAAUUUUAAAAAUCGUAAAAGACUGGAACAUACACCAUCAUCACGAACAGUCAGUUCCGAUGAAGGCUGGUGCUCGGAACGUGGUUCGGAGCAUGAUUUUUCAUCCGAUGGCGAAGAUGAGGAUAAAAAAAGUAUCAGUAGUCUUACAUCAGUCAACACAAGAAACAGUCAUUUACGAUCGACACUAAAUAAGGCAAAACAACAUUUAUCAUUUGAUAAAUGGAGAAGUGGUGGCACGUCCAACAAUCACUCAAAUACAUCAUCCACAAUGCCACCACCACAGCCAGAAAUAUUAUCGCCGGGCGAGUCAUCGCCUGGGGGUCGAUUAUCCAGGUGGUUUUCCAUACGUCGCGGUUCAGCGCAUCAAUAUGAUUUCGGUGCAAGUAAACAAUCCGGACGUGAUAGCCGAGCAGGUAGCAUUGAGUCCGAAGAAAAGUCAAAACAAUCAGGAACAUUAAAUGGAACCACAAUAAAUGGCUAUAAAAUGCCUUUAUUGCCAGAGACCGACGAAGUCGACGGAACAUUGUUAGGAGCAUUUAAUGGACGGAAUAGUCAAUCAAAUAUCGAUGCCAUUAAUCGUCAAAUAAAUCUCACAUUACCAGCCACUCCACCGUCCGGCCUAUCGCAACAACAAUUGAAACGACGACAUAUCUUUGCUGCAAUCGUUCAUAGUGAAUGCUCUUACGUUGCGACUCUUCAACGUCUAGUCAAUGGUUUAAAAAAACCGCUUGAAGAAAGUAGUCCAUCCAUACUCAAUUCGUCCAAGAUUGCAACACUAUUCCAUCGUUUGCCGGAAAUUUUACACUGUCACACUCUAUUUCGAAUUGCUUUAGCUGAAUGCGUUCGAAAUUGGGAUCGUGAAGAAAAGGUGGCCGAUGCUUUCAUUUCAUCGUUUGGCAAACCGAUUAUUUUGGAGAUUUAUAGCGGUUUCAUCAAUAAUUUCUCUGUUGCCAUGGAACUUGCGAAAAUGGAAGCAAAGCGAAAAUCGGCUCUAGCAGAUUUCUUUAAAGUCAAACAGAUCAGCGCUCACGAUCGGCUUUCUUUCUUUGGAUUGAUGGUGAAACCAGUGCAACGUUUUCCACAAUUCAUUUUAUUUUUACAAGACUUAUUAAAAUAUACACCACAAGGUCAUCAUGAUCGUAUGUCGUUACAAUUAGCAUUAACACAAUUAGAAUCACUGGCCGAGAUGCUAAAUGAACGAAAACGUGAAGCCGAACAAUACCAAGCGUUCAAAGAAAUGUUGGGCAAUAUUAGUGGCACAUUCAACACCCGUGCGUUAUCAUCAGAAGGAAAUCGCAAUCGAUAUCUCUUGCGCGAAGAUAAUGUUACCCAUUUGGAAUUUAAUCAAUCCGGUUUUAUAGUGAAAUCAAAACAACGUCGAUUACUUCUACUGAAUGACAAAGUCAUUUGUGUAUCAGUUGCACCCAAACUAUCGAAUGAAUUUGGCGCGACGGAAAAACUCUCUUUCAAAUGGAUGUAUUCGGUAAAUGAAGUUGAAAUUGUUGACAAUAACACAUCAGCAACAUUAUCAAGAAUUUUAACUGCCGGUUUGAAUCGUGGAGGAAGUUUGAAAUCAAAUGGUUCUGGAAUAAAUGAUACACUGUCAUCAUCAUCGUCAUCAUCCUCUCCAGCUUCAAGUCAAGGAUCACCAACAAACGGAGCCGAUAAUUUAUGCAGUGAAAUGAGCAAUUUAAUGCAUGACUACGAAGUUAUAUCACGUAUAAAUGAUUUGAUUGGAUCGCUGAAAGGCAAUUAUAGUGAUAUAAAUACGGAUUUAACAAAAAAGACUCUCGCCAUAAUACAAAGUUCGAUACAAAAGAAAGAUGAAGAAAUGGCUUGGGUUGAUUCUUGUUGUCUCCAAUUGAUUGUACGUACCAAAAAUGGCAAAGAAGAAACGUUUACAUUUCAAACGGAAGAUCCUUCUGUUAAAAAAGAAUGGAUAACGGAACUUCGUUUGGCACAAUUGUCUCUGGACCCAAACAAUUCACCAGCAUGGGAAAUGCCAGAACGCGAACAUCGAUCACCAUCGACAAAAUUACCGUUGUUUGUAAAAGCACAGUCUGUUCACAAAUCACAUCAUCAAACCGAGGUCCGAUGUGGCUGCUAUUACACAACAACGAAUCACAAUCGAACAUCAACACGUCGCCGCUCAAAAAGCCAAAACUAUGCCUGGAUAUGUACAACCGAUGGAAUAAGUAGUCAUACAACAAUUUUAUUGCAACAUCAUCAACGUGCUGGUGAAUUAAAAGAAGUUGGCUCAUUUGAUCUGGUUGAGACGAUCGUCACUUCGAUGGAAUUUGUAAAAGGGAUAAAUAAUCUGAAUCCACAAGAAGAGCAAAAUGAAAAAUCAUUGAUCGAUGGUGAUUCAGUGUGGAUGGGAACAACGUCAAAGAAAAUCUUCAUUUACUCAGCGACAAAUCCAGAACAGGAUAAACAAAUUGCUGUUUGUGCUGUGCCUGCUGCUGUUACACAAAUCGUAUUUCAUAUGGAUAGUACUUUUGUUGCAUUAAUCGAUGGAACCGUUCAAAUAUUUCGUCGAGGCUAUGAUGGUCAUUGGCUACUCAAGGAACCGCAAACUGUUUCGUUAGGUGUGUCCGAACCAAUCACAAGUAUUCUGUCGAUAAAUGCAAACGUCUACGCUGGUUGUGGACAAAAGGUCUAUGUACUUAAUGGCUGUUCGGGUGAAAUUCAAAAAUCUUUCGAUGUAAAUCGUGAACAAAGUAAUGGGACAGCUCAUACUGUUCAUUAUAUGGCACAUUCUGGAAUCGGUUUAUGGAUUUCGUUAAAGAAUUCCAGUGUGAUCUGUUUAUAUCAUACCGAAACAUUUAAGCAUCUCCAAGACAUCAAUAUAGCAAGCAAUGUGCUUCGUGUAACAUCAUCACAACGCGACUGUGCUAAUAACAAUUCUUCUGUCUUUGUAACAGCUUUAAAUGCAUCGAAAGGACUUUUAUGGGUUGGCACAAAUGUUGGCAUCUCAUUGACUAUACCUUUGCCACGACUUGAAGGUGUGCCAAUCAUUAGUGGUGCUGUGAAUAUAUCAUACCACGCUCAUUUUGGUCCGGUCACAUUUUUGAUGCCACUUUUGCCGAAAUCAUACUACAAGCCCUUGCCAUCUGAACCUUUACCAACAACAACAGUACAACAGCAGAAUUUUGACGAAGACGAAAAAUUAGCUGAUGAAAAUGCGGUCACACUGCGGAAAAGUGAAAAUGAAGAUCAAAGCCAAAAAUCAAAUACAAGAGAUUCAACACAACACAAAAAAACCGAAAGAAGUAAUUCGCAAGACAUGUCGGCCAGAUUGAAAGCACAACUUGUCCAAAGUCCUGUUGUAUUGCGUAGACGUCGCGGAAAAGACGAACUAUCACGUGGAUCAAAAACCCUACCAAGAGGACUCGGAUCAGCGGCAGCUUUUACUGCUUCGAUGCAUUCGAAUACGUCAUCUUCUCAAGGUUCUGAUCACAGUGGUUGUGAUGUUUAUGGACUUUAUGGUGAUUUGAUUUUUGUCAAAGAAGACUAUGACAAUGUUGAACAAGGCCAAGGAACAUUGAUGGAUCCGUCAUACGAAAGCCUUCGAAGAAGUGAACCAGAACUUGCAGCAAUUGCCACAAAAGUAACGACAUUAGAUCGACGUUUACGCUUGAAAGUAAGCCGCCCACGAUCAUUAGAUCUAUCCAAUUGGUCGGUUGAUUCUCGAUCUUCUAGUCUAUAUACGUCGUCUGGCAGCGAAGAAAGUAUGGCAAUACGACAAGGAUUGUUUUCAAGCCGAAGUGUAUCUCGAAACAGCAGUAAUGCAAGCCAUAAAACUGGUACAUUUGAUUUAAUGAAUAUUUGCGAAAACAGUACUGACAUUCAAAUUGCUCCAACGACACCAUCGGCCUCAACGCCACCAUUAGCCACAUCGACUUUGAACCGACCAUUGAAACAGUUGCCAAAAGUGGAGCACGAAAAAGUGCAAACAGUCGCCGCAGCAACUUUAAAGAAAAAGAAAAACAACAAAAAUUCGAACGUAUCAAAUGAAUCAAUUUUGGGCCGAAGAACAGUAAUUACUUUAACUGGCGGCCGGGGAUAUAUAAACUGGAAACAUGUGUGGUACAAUUAUCCUAUGGAUAAGUCACAUAAAUCGAACCAAACAAUGGCACGAGCACCAAAUUCGAAUGAUGCUCAUGUGGUUAUGUGGGAAAAGAAGCUUUAAAGUUUAAACGAAUGAUUGAUUAUAUUAUUCAAUCAUUAUGCAUUUAUAAAUAUUCUCCACUUGUAUAAAAUUGUUAUUUGUUUUUUUUCUUCGAAUUAAUUGAAAAUCAUAUUGGUUUUUCAAGUUCAAUCAUCAAGUUUACGGCGCAUAUUUCGGUCCAUGCAUAUGGAUAAUUUUUUUAAGAUAUUGAAAUCAAUGUAUUUGUUAUAGUGGUAUUGUGGAGUUCAGUGAUUUCAAUUUACUUUUCCAGUGUCUUCUAAAGCGUCCAGUUUUUAUAAAACAAAUCAAUGGAUGAUUGCAAGUAACACAGUUUAGAUUUUAUAGAUGCUUAGUCAUAGAACUUACGUUUUAAAGAAAACGAGAAAAGUGGAUACAAGUAAAAUCUAAAAUUGACGUUUAUUUCAAAUAGAAUAGAAGCGAGUGUUACGUAUUUUAUAAUAUUAUUUAAUUUUGUUUGCUAUAUUUUAAACUUAACAAUUGCCAUACGAUAGAAUUUACUAAACAUCGCACAAACAUACAAUUUAGUCGUUAUUUUUUCAAAAAAAUAACAACAAAAAUUUAAUAUUAAAUGGAACGAAAUUUAUAUAUAUAACGAUUAAAAUAGAACUCUAAAUCAUAUGUUAAUUUUAAUUUGAACGUAGAUUUAGUGUGGAUGAAAAUUCGUUUGUCCUGGUGAAAUUGUUUUUUUGUAUUCGUGGUCAUAUUAUAAUUGCAGCGAUAGACCUUGUUCGAAAUUAUCUAAAUUAUCACAGCGAUAUUCGCUAAAUUAAACACUUCCUAUGUGUCAAAAUAUUUAAUUAAUGUUGAUACAUUUUGCAGCCUAUGCAUAUAAUAACAUCAGUCUGAAUAAAAUUUUAAAAUGUGAAUAAUAUCUUUACACAUCAUUUACAAAAAAAAAGUAAAAAAAGACCUUACAAAAAUCUUAAAUAAUAGCAGAAAAUCUUAAACAAUUACAGAAAAUGCCUUAUCAUAUUGUAUAUUUAAACAAAGGAACAAAACCAUAUUUAUACAUUGGAAACGCAAAUCAAGUUCUUAACUUUUAUUGAUGUAUUCUCUUUAGGAAACUGAACCUAAUUAUUUUUU